CCUGGACCCUGGCUCGGCCCCGGCGGGCUGAGGCUAAAGGGAGGCCUGCCCUGGGGCAGUGGUGGAGGCAGCUGCCGCGGUGCUGAGGUUCUACUCUUGUUUUCAAUGGAGAGCAAUUGCACAGAUUCAUGAUGAAAACUAGCCCCCGUCGGCCCCUGAUUCUCAAGAGACGGAAACUCCCCCUUCCUAUUCGUGAUGCCCCAAGUGAAGGAGCAAAGGAGGAGGCCAAAGGGACUCCUGCUCAGCAGGAGUCUGGCCAAACACAGCCAUCCAGGGAGGUGGCGGGACCUGAUCUUCAGAAGUUUCCAACAGGCAUCAGGAUCAUCAACCAUCCCACCAUGCCAAACACCCAAGUGGUAGCAGUUCCCACCAACACAGAUAUCCAGAGCAUCAUUGCAGCCCUGACUGCCAAAGGGAAAGAGAGCGGUAGCAGCGGGCCCAACAAAUUCAUCCUUAUCAGCAGUGGACGGGCCCCUGCCCAUCCUCCUGGAUCCCAGCCCCCAAACCAAGGAGAUGAAGUGGCCAAGAGGGCAGAAGUGGUAGCUGAGAGCAUGGGACCAAAACCUGUGACUAGAGAUGUGACCCUACCCAGACCACUAGGAGCCCAUUCCAGUCGGGGAUGGGAGCUGGAGGGCUGUGCUGGAAGUGAGGCAGCAGGCUGUCUUCUGGAUGAUAGCCUGACCAAUAUUCAGUGGUUGGGAAAGAUGAGUUCUGAUGGACUGGGUUCCUGCAGCAUCAAGCAAGAGAUAGAGGAGAAGGAGAAUCGCCAUCUGGAGCAAAGUCAAGUCAAGGUGGAAGAACCCCCAGUUGCAUCAACCUCCUGGCAGGAUUCUGUAUCAGAAAGACCACCUUAUUCCUACAUGGCCAUGAUCCAGUUUGCCAUCAACAGUACUGAGCGGAAACGCAUGACCUUGAAAGACAUCUAUACCUGGAUUGAGGAUCACUUUCCCUACUUUAAGCACAUCGCCAAACCGGGCUGGAAGAAUUCUAUCCGCCACAAUCUUUCUCUACAUGACAUGUUUGUUCGGGAGACAUCUGCCAAUGGCAAGGUCUCCUUUUGGACCAUCCACCCUGAUGCCAAUCGCUAUUUGACACUGGACCAGGUGUUUAAGCCACUGGACCCAGGGUCUCCACCAUCGUCUGAGCACUUGGAAUCACAGCAACAGAAACGGCCCAUCCCUGACCUCCGCAGAAACCUGGGCAUCAAAGCUGAGCUCCCUUUGAGUGCACGACGGAAGAUGAAGCCGCUACUCCCAAGGGUCAACUCAUAUCUAGUACCAAUCCAGUUCCCAGUGAACCAAUCCCUGGUGCUGCAGCCUUCGGUGAAGGUGCCAUUACCCCUGGCUGCCUCUCUCAUGAGUUCAGAGCUUGUCCGUCAUAGCAAGCGAGUGCGCAUUGCCCCCAAGGUGCUGCUAGCUGAUGAGGGACUAUCUCCCUUUUCCACUUCUGGAUCAUUGAAAGAGGAACGAGCCCUACCUGGGGAAGGGCUAUCUCCUUUGUUUCGGGCUCAGUCUGUCAAAGAAGAAGAUCUCCAGCCCAUGGAAGAACUAUCCCAGUUCACAAGACCCAUCAAAGUGGAGAGCCCACCACUGGAAGAGUGGCCCUCACCCUUUCCGGUAGUCAAGGAAGAAGUAUCACACCCUUGGCAGGACCCUUCCCUUUUCUCUGCCUCCAGACCCAAGAAGACCUUCACCGGGCUCAAGUCCCCACCACGGGGUGUCUCUGACAUGCUUGUGAUUAAGCGGAGGGAAAGGAGGGAGAUGAGCCGAUCCAGAAGGAAACAGCACCUUAUCCCACCUUGCUUGGAAGAGCCAGAACUAUUGUUCCCAGAGAUCCCUGGACCCUCCAGACAAAACACAGAUCUCCCCUUCCUCCCAGAGGCAUCAGAGCCUACCUCCCAACUCAGCCACUCUCAGGAUGAAGGAGGUCCCUUUAAAACACCAGUCAAGGAUAUGUUAUGCAAGCUACCCAUUUCUUCCACUCCCAGCAAAGCAGUUCUCCCUAUGACCCCAGACCCUUGGAGGCUUACACCCCCAAACAAGGAGACAGGGCUCGAUUUCAGCCCAGUGCGUAUUCCCCAGGGAUCUUUUACCCUGCUGCCAGAUUCCAUGGGGCUGCUGGAUCUCAGCACCACCCCACUGAAGAAUGUUCCUCUCUUUGAGUCACCCCAGGAGCUUCUUAAUCCAGAGUCACUUGACCUGGUCUCUGACCCUUUUAACAGCUCUCCCACCUCAGAUCCUGAAGCCCCCAAGCCUGGCUCCCCUGAGAUGCAUGUCUCCAACCUUUCUGCCAACCGUUCACUGACUGAAGGCCUCGUUCUGGACACAAUGAAUGACAGCCUCAGCAAGAUCCUGUUGGACAUCAGUUUUCCUGGCUUAGAGGAGGAUCCCCUGGGCCCUGACAAUAUUAGUUGGUCUCAGUUUAUCCCUGAGUUGCGGUAGAGCCCAGUGUGUCCCACUAAGUCCACUAGUUCAGAUUUGACAAGUAGCUAGGUGGUCCAACGGUUAGACCAGUUCACACACUUUGUGUGAAGGCAGCAGGGCUGCCAAAAGCUGGUGAACCUGUCUGCUUCUCUUAGCUCUGUUUCUCCCAAUCAGGUCAAGAUAGCCAGCCAUGUUCUAGCUGACUACAAGCUGGUCUCCUGAUGGCUGGCCAUUGCCUAUCCUGGAGCUUCCCCCAAAAAAAUCUGUCCUCUUUACCUCUAUCACCACCUUGACCUCCUCAUCAGGCACUAAUGGUGGGAACAGCAGCACAAAGGCUAAAAACCAGAGGAGGACUCCCAGCCUUAUUUACGUCUACAAGCUUCUGUCUUCAUCUUUCCCUAUUCUCCUCUCAGUGGCCCGUUGGGGCCAGGUGGUCAUUGUAAAUAGUGUAUAUUCUCCAAAUUAUCCUCUAAUUAUUAACAUAACUUUAUUUCCUUAGAUCAGUAUCGUGGGGGUUGCCAAUGGGUGGGUUGGUUGACGCGGGUUUUUUUGUUUGUUUCCAUGGCUUGCUGUUGGUCUUCUCUGAGAGAUAAGGGCUUCAGGUUCAUGGCUUAAGGGUUUUUCUGGGUCAAGUAUACACUUCUCAAGGUUUCUUAACCCACCAUGCAUUCAGAAUAGGAGAUCUGUUUUCCCUGCACCGGACUCCUACAAUAACUUUCCUGUUGAGGAUCGGUGGGUUCUUAGUGGAAGAAGGGAGAGCCACAACACUGCUGCAGAUUCUCAUUGUAAUGGGGUCAGUUCCCCAAAGCUGAAUGGAACGAGAUGUCAGGCUACUAGAGAAUUUCUUCUAAGAUUCCAGAUUUUGCUGGGCAGCCCUGAGAAGGGAGCAUUUGGCCAGAGGAUGGGUGGAAUGGGGGGUGAUUAUAAGGUCACCCUUAUUUAUACUGGAUCCCCUCCAUUUGCACGUCAGCUUUUAUAACCAAUCCACCCCAUAAGCCAAAGUUUCAUCAUUUAUAUUAGGCCAGAGCCUUAGGCAUACACAAUUGUAACCACCUACUCAAUAAAGGCUAGGGUGGAGAUGUUGGGUUUUGUGAAGUAUUUGGUGUCUGGAGACUCUGAGUUCUAAGGAAGAUAUGAAUCAUCCUAUGGCAGGGGGUAGGGGAUGGGGGGACAGGGAUAAAUGUAUUGAACUUUGGGGAUAGGAGGAAAGAAGGGAGAAGUGGGACUGUUCUAAAGAAUCACAUGUCUAAAGAAAGUUCAGGACUGACUAUACUGAUAAGGACUUGGCUCUCAGCCUCCCCCUAUCCCUUUUCCCAAUUUCUAUCUUGCUCUCAAGCUCUUUGCAUCUUGGUUCUGUGGAAAGAAUUCUUCACUCUAUAUCUAGGGCAGUUGGCUAGCCUAAAAUCCUUUCCUCAGGGGUUUCCCUACCCACAUUUUUAAUUGCAACUGCAUGUAGAAGUAAAGGAAAUAAUCUUUAGCAAGUCCUGAAUGAGAAUUUUAGAGUGAUCUAAACAUCAGGAAAAGGUGCCUUUCAGCUCUUUAGAAAGGGCGUGUCCCUCUUGGUUUCUCUCACCCCCUACAGCUCCUUAUCGAGGAUAAAACUAUCCCAAGCUAGUGACCCAUUUUCAUCUGGGGCUCCUGGGGAGGCUUCUCUGUCCUCAACAAGGGAGUUUUGUGUCAGCCCACAAAGAAGGUACUCGGGCUACGCUUUUAGGAGGGCGGUCACCAGGUGCUACUAAACAUAAGGGGUUGGUGUGGGUGAAAUUCAAGGUUUCUAACUUCUUAGGUUAUGAAGACUCCCCACUGUUUCCUCUAGCAGUUGGAGGCCCAGAUAGUGCAAAUGGUUUCACACACAGUUCACUCAUCGUGAUGCGUCACCAUAGCAACUCAUAUGGGCAAACAAUGGGGGCCUAGGAGCAGAGGGGCAUUUUCUAGCUUUGAUAGUUGGGUUUUUUUUUUUAAAUUUAAAUGUAUCUUAUGAUCAGGAAUAUCUCCUGGAGAAAAUGAGCCACCUCAAAGUACAGAACCUCUCCUACAGCUGAACAAAAUAGAGGGCGGAGAAGCCGAUUUCCCCAUCAACUCAUCUGUCACCAGGUCCCAUCUUAACUCUUACC